AUGCGGGAAAAAGCUACCGAAGAGCAAUUUCAUUUCGAUCCCGAAAUUGAAAGAACACUCCGAAAGCUCAAUAGCAAGACACGAAGAAGAAGGAAGUUAGCCCAAGAGAAGCGACAAAGAGAAGAGGCGUCUACUUCUUCUAACAAUCAAAUUGAAGAAGUAGUUGUAGAGACUUUUGAAGGAGACAUGGCGGGUGUUGUUCCAACCGAAAUGUCUGCCAAUAGUCCAAGACGCACCGCCCAAUUUGCACGCAAUGCUCAAGGUAGAGAAAAAACGGAGAUGAAGACCGGAAUCCUCCAACUUGUUUAUGCAAAUCCAUUCACCGGAAUGGAUCAUGAGGAUCCUUUCGCACAUCUCACCAAAUUUUAUGAGAUUACGGGUUCAACGGGAGUCGAUGCGGCGAAUGAAGAAUCAUUGUUCAAGAGACUAUUUCCACACUCAUUACUUGGGAAAGCCAAAGAAUGGUAUCUUGAUCAAUUACCAAAUGUGAUGACAGAUUGGAUUCUAUUGAAAGAAAAGUUUUUAGAACGAUAUUUUCCUCAAUCCCGAUUCAUGGAGGCCAAAACGGCAAUCGCGGUUUUCAACCAAGGAAGCAACGAAUCACUUAAUGAGGCUUGGGAAAGAUACAAGUCAUUGUUGAGAAAGUGCAAGGGGCAUGGUUUUGAUGAGCUCACACAAAUUCAUCUAUUCCGAAAUGGACUUCAACCGGUUCACAAAACGCUUUUGGAUGCUACCGCGGGUGGUUCUCUUAUGUCCAAAAGUGUGGAGGAAGCAAUCACUAUCAUCGAUCGAAUGCAAGUGGAGUUACUCACACAACAAAUAAUGAAACUCCCACAACAAAUGAAAGAGUUUCAAGGAUCUCAAACUAGGCACCAUGUGGCAGCUUGUGAACUUUGUAAUGGAGAUCAUCCGACUGGUUUUUGUCCUCCCCCCGAAGGUGAAGAAGUGAAUUAUGUGAAUAAUGCAAACCAAGGCUAUCAAAGUACACCUCCACCUCACAACAACCAUUAUCAAAGACACAAUCAAGGGUAUCAACCAUCAAGAUUAAAAAAUUACAAUUACCCUCAACAAAGUCCUUAUCAAAGUCCAAAUCCACAACAUCAACAAUCUCAAGGUGGAAGCUCAAACUUGGAAGACACUCUCACACAAUUUAUGCAAGCAUCCAUGGCUAAUCAAAAAAGCAAUGAAGCUGCCAUCAAGAAUUUGGAGAACCAAGUGGGCCAACUUUCAAAGCAAUUGUCCGAACAACAACCGGGAUCUUCUUUUUCCGCCAGCACUCAAACAAAUCCAAGGGAGCAUUGCAAAGCCAUUGUGACAAGAAGUGGUAAAGAGAUAAAUAGUGGAAUAGAUGGAGGUGUUAUAGUGGAAGAUGAUGAGGAAAUAAUAGUUGAAAACCAUGAGGGUGAGGUGGUAGUUGAAGAUGAGGGAGAAAAGAGUGAGGAGAAAGUGGAGGAAGAAUUAGUUGAAAAAGAGCGGAAAGAAAAAGAAGGAAGAGAGAAAAAUGACAAAAAAGUGAAGAGGAAUAAAAAGAGAAAUGAGAAUGUGAGCACAAUUCCUCUCCAACAUCUACCUUACCCGCAUGUGCAAUCAAGGAAGGAAGACGCAAGGCGCUACGCUCGAUUUAUGGAUAUAUUUAAACAACUUCACAUAAAUAUUCCAUUUUCCGAAGCAUUGGAGAAAAUGCCUAAGUAUGCAAAAUUCAUGAAGAAGAUGCUCACAAAGAAAAAGAAGUACACGGAUGAAGAGACAGUUUUGCUUGAUGGUCAUUGUAGUGCAAUUAUUCAAAAAACUCCCCCAAGAAAGGAAGCCCAUCCGGGACGAGUCAUUUUACCGAUCACCAUUGGAGGUAACUACAUUAGUAAUGGUUUGGUUGAUUUGGGGUCUAGCAUCAAUUUAAUACCUUUAUCCGUUGUCAAGAGAUUGGGGAACAUCGAAAUGAAACACACCAGGAUAACUUUGCAACUAGCCGAUAAGUCUAUCAUUUCACCAUAUGGAGUUGUACAAGACAUGCUGGUAAAAGUGGACAAAUUUUUGUUCCCGGUUGAUUUUGUGGUAGUUGACAUGGAGGAGGAUCGUGAUGUGCCAUUAAUACUUGGAAGACCAUUCAUGAAGACCACCUGA